AGAUUCGUCAUUCAAAAAUACCAUUUUGAGUGCAACGGUCACACUUUAGGGCGUGUUAUUUUCUAAGCUGGCUUUUUAACUAUAUUUUAAUAGAAAGAACAAAUGGGUGCGUCCAACCGCAUUUUGCAAGUUGCCGUUAGCGCGUCCGUGUUUUCCCUAAUAUGUUUUGUUAUCGCGUUUUCCACGCCCUAUUGGCUGGUUACAGACGGUAGAUUACAAGACCCGCGAUUCACUAACCUAGGCCUUUGGGAAGUUUGUUUCAACAACUUCCAGGACAUACACCGAUUUUUUGACAACUCCUUUAAAGGAUGCCUAUGGGUUUUCGAAGAGGAAUAUUACAUCAUACACGACUUCCUCCUGCCUGGCUUCUACAUAUCCGUUCAACUUUUUGCUACGCUAUGCUUUGUAAUGUGCCUUGUUGUUAUACCACUCACUGCAGUAUUUCUUCGAACUUCUCGCGACGAUGACAGGUACAUGGUGCUCCUGCUGGCAAUAGGAUCAUGCCAGGUUGUGGGCUCUGUGUUCGGGUUUAUUGCUGUGGUCAUUUUUGGCGCAAAAGGAGAUUCCCGGGAUUGGAUGCCAGGAUGGCAGAACAACGAUAUGGGCUGGUCAUUUGCUCUGGGCGUUGUUGGCGCUGUGCUGCUACUGCCGGCAGGCGUACUCUACCUGGUAGAAGCGCGUCGGGAAAGGUACAAGCGCCUAAAUGAAAUCAGCAAUCGGGAGAUCAGUGAAUACGGUGAUGAGUAUUACCAGAAUCAGGCAUCCCCCGCAGUGCUUCCGACCGCUCCGUCGCCAUAUCAAUCCUAUUUCGCAUCCGAGCCAAGCCGACCAAGAAGACCCCAACAAAGUAGUGCAUCGAAUUCCGCUGUACAAGGAGGAAUUCAAACAGAUAUAUAAAUCAAAAAGUUAAAGAUAAUGAAUUCGAAGAAAUUUUCCGUCCAUUUACACAAUAUUUUAUAAUAAUUUACAAAUAUACAAAUAUAUACGAUGUAAGGUAGAAUAGCCAUUUCACUAAAUCGACUACUAAUGCUUUUAAAAUGUAUCGAACUCGAAGGUAAUAAAUAUUUGUCAAAUAAUUUAUUUUACCUUUUAAUUUUUUCCGAUUUCCCUAACUUAAAAUGUUAAAAACAAGACACUGUGCCUAAGUUUAAUCGCUCUAUUAAAUUUUUUAACGAAAAGCAACCUGAAAAGGUCAAAUUUUUUAUGAUUCCGCCCACAAAUCGGGCUGUAUUUGAUCGAUGGCGUGGCGUAUGUUCACUUUAAGGGCGGUGGUUUGCGGCUUGUUGGCAUAGAUCUGCGACUUAGGAAAACCUUCAUGAAAAAGUCCAGCGGUAUAAAAUGGCACGAUCUCGGUGUCCAGUUCACUUCGCCUUCUCCAUUAUUGUUUUCGAAAAAAUACGGACCAAUCACGACUUCGGCACCAAAGAAUCACUUUCUGCGGAUGCAUUGUCACUUGGUAAACCGCGUGUGGAUUGGUCUCGUCCCACCAAUCGACGGAUAGUCGACUCGGCAGGCGACCAUCGCGACCCUAAAACUGGCGAUCAAUCUAAGCCCCCGCAAUGUUGCGGCAAGUGCCAUUUUUUUGCGGAUCAAUUGCGAUUAGAUUUUUAUUCAAGGUAAUAAGAUAAUUUUAUAAACAAAAAUGAAUACAACUCACCAAAUGAAUAAUUUAAGAAGCUGGCCCUAACUCGAAAGUCAACAAGACGACCCAGACUCCGGAAUUAUGUAUUUGUGUGCUUAAACUAAAAGCAUAUGCUUAUUUUAAAUUAUAAUGAUGAAAUAAUUUUGUUAUUCAUUAGCAUAAUGUCGAUGUCCUGAAAAAUUAGCAUAAAACGAAUGAAAAAGCGAUGAAAAUAUUUCCCUCCACAAAAAUGAGUGGGGACUUAGUGAUUAAAAUGUGGUGAAAGAGUGAUGAACCAGGAAGUACUUUGCCCGUUCAAAUGCGCAUAAACAUCGGUGAUUUAUAGCGAUGAUUUUCCGCCCUUUUUGUGAUGCCUUUGUCUAAGCGUUGAAUUCCUAGGAUAAGCCAAAAUAUUUAAAAACACGUGAAAAUGAUAUAGUCGAGUUCCCGGACAUCAAAUAUCCGUUACAUCGCUAGAGGAUGUGCCAACGAGAACUUGAAUUAUUUUUUAGCUUGUAAGUUGAAUAACCCUUGAAAGUCCCUAACACUUACAUUUGAAAACCAUUUCCAUAAAAAGUUAUUGAACAAAAAAAGAAACCCUUUCCCAAAUUCAGAACAACUGAAACUUCUACGAUAUAUGUAAGCCCUAUCUGUAACACUUUGAGACAACAGCAUUAAAUAGCUAAAUUUCCUACUACAGAUCUUGUAUACACACAUAUGUAAAAAUUUAUGUAUAUAUGUACGUAUGUGUCGUUGAAAGGUCAUUUUCAAAUGCAUUCUAUACCCUUCAAACUUAAAAAGUCGGAUGUCAAGCCAUGUGCAAAAAAAAUUGUAACAGUUAGAUAAAAAAUUAUUUUUCGUCAGAAAAGUUGCUAUCAGAACUAAAGUAUGUUCAGGGAGCGUUCAUCAAUAGCUCGUACCUGGAUAAAAGAUAUUUUAUAUGAAAAACAAAACAAAAUAUUUUUAUUUUUUAAAGGCGAUGCCUCGGCAAUUUGUGGGUUUGGUCAAAAUGUUUUUGACAUAUCAUUUAAACCUGCAUGCCUAAUCUGACAUUUAUUGCUUUUAUAGUUACUGAGCUCUCGACGUUUAUACGGACAGACAGACGUAUGGAUUCUGAUCAAGAAUAUAUAUACAUAUAUAUGUCGGGAACGCUUCAUUUCACCUGUUACAUACUUUCCAAAAUCUAGUACUUGUAUGCCCUAUUACUCUACAAGUAACUAGAGUAGCGAAAUCAGCAUCAUUAAGCAUAGCGGGUCGGUCGUGUUUCCGAUCAAGAAUAUAUAAAGGUAACUUGGCUACUGUAACAUCCCCUGCAAGGUUAAACAAAUGUGAGUGUCGUACAUCUUAGUUUUCUUUAUUUAAUAAUUAAAUUAUAAGCUAUUUUUAGACACAUUAAACAUAAUAUAAUUCAUUUUAUGAUAUAGGGAAACUUUAAAUAUCAAUAAAUUUAUUGUUGCGGAGAUUCCGUUGUACGGUUUAAGUGUGUGCUUAGGGCCUUUGCUUGGAAAGUGCACGUCUUAAAACUUAUAUAAUCUCUAUUAAUUGUGGUUGGUUGGCGGUGAGUUGGUUUCUCCAAAGUAAUUAUAAUUACAAAAGUAUUUUACAUCUCCCCAUAGCUGGAAUCGUUAACAUAUUUACAUACGUACUUCGAGAGCACGUAAUGUAUACAAACUGAUUCAAACUCAUGCAGCUAUGACUCUACAUCGUUGGCCUCGCUCACUG